AUGCGGGGCGAAGAUGGAACAAGCAAAAUACCGGACAGCUGGAUUGUCUCACUUCUAUUUUCUCUAUUUGUUUCCCGAACAGAAAGCUCAAAUGCUGGACCCUCCGGUUCAAAACCGGACACCUGGCAACCCCAGCUAUGCUCAGCAGCCUGUGUGCCUUCCUCGGAUCCCUCACGCACUGAAGAUGCUCAGUCGCCUCCUUCACAAAAACGUCGAACAGAUGACUCCACAUCUACAGGAGAUCUACAGCCAAUGCCAACUUCUCCAGCAGUUGACAUGCAAAGCCCAAAUGCUCAAAAUGUUCUGUUUUCCAGCCCACCACAGUUUCGUGAUUCAGCACUUCCACUUGAUUUUGAUAUUAGUUCACCUCUGACCUAUGGCACUCCCAGCUCUAGAGUGGAGGGAACUCCAAGGAGUGGUGUGCGAGGAACUCCAGUUAGGCAGAGGCCAGAUCUUGGAUCUGCCCGCAAAGCCAGACAGGUGGACUUGCAUUCUGAUGGGCCAGCAGAAGAUGCACUGACAAAUGAACAAUCUCUUGGACAAAAGCUUGUGAUCUGGGGAACAGAUGUUAAUGUAGCUUCAUGCAAAGAAAAGUUCCAGAGAUUUCUUCAGCGUUUUAUUGAUCCUUUGGCUAAAGAGGACGAGAACAUUGGCUUGGAUCUUAAUGAACCACUCUAUAUGCAGCGACUUGAGGAGAUCAAUAUGGUUGGGGAACCAUUUCUGAAUGUAAACUGUGAUCAUCUGAGAUCAUUUGACACAAAUUUAUACAGACAGCUGAUCUGCUAUCCACAGGAAGUUAUCCCAACAUUUGACAUGGCUGCUAAUGAGAUCUUUUUUGAACGUUAUCCUGACUCAAUAUUAGAACACCAGAUUCAAGUAAGACCAUAUAAUGCAUUGAAGACCAGGAAUAUGAGGAGUCUGAAUCCUGAAGAUAUUGAUCAGCUUAUCACCAUCAGUGGUAUGGUGAUCAGAAGCUCCCAGUUGAUACCUGAGAUGCAAGAAGCUUUUUUCAAGUGCCAGGUUUGUGCCUUCACCACAAGAGUAGAAAUUGACCGUGGCCGGAUUGCUGAACCAUCAAUGUGCAAGAACUGUAAUACAACACACAGUAUGGCACUAAUCCACAAUCGGUCCAUGUUUUCAGACAAACAGAUGAUCAAACUACAGGAAUCCCCCGAAGAUAUGCCAGCUGGCCAGACGCCCCAUACUGUUGUGCUAUUUGCUCACAACGACCUUGUUGAUAAGGUUCAGCCAGGAGACAGAGUUAAUGUUACAGGUAUCUACAGAGCAGUUCCGGUUCGAGUUAAUCCAAGAGUGAGCAAUGUAAAAUCUGUCUAUAAAACUCACGUUGAUGUCAUCCAUUACCGUAAAACUGAUUCAAAGCGUUUGCAUGGUAUUGAUGAAGAAACUGAACAGAAAAUGUUUGCAGAGGAACGUGUGGAAAUGCUGAAAGAGCUCUCCAGAAAACCGGACAUUUAUGAAAGACUUUCUUUGGCUCUGGCUCCAAGCAUUUAUGAACAUGAAGAUAUCAAAAAGGGCAUUCUGCUUCAGCUGUUUGGGGGAACAAGAAAAGAUUUCAGUCAUACCGGAAGAGGCAAUUUUCGUGCCGAGAUCAACAUUCUUCUGUGUGGCGAUCCUGGCACUAGUAAAUCACAGCUGCUUCAGUAUGUCUAUAACCUGGUUCCUAGAGGCCAGUACACAUCUGGGAAGGGCUCUAGUGCGGUUGGUCUUACUGCAUAUGUAACGAAGGACCCAGAAACAAGGCAGUUGGUUCUGCAGACAGGUGCUCUGGUUCUGAGCGAUAAUGGCAUUUGCUGCAUUGAUGAGUUUGAUAAAAUGAAUGAAAGUACAAGAUCAGUACUGCAUGAAGUAAUGGAACAACAGACUCUUUCUAUUGCCAAGGCUGGAAUCAUUUGCCAACUGAAUGCUCGCACCUCUGUCCUAGCAGCUGCUAACCCUAUAGAGUCACAGUGGAAUCCAAAGAAAACUACUAUUGAAAACAUCCAGCUUCCCCAUACUUUGUUAUCCAGAUUUGACUUAAUCUUCCUAAUGUUGGACCCACGUGACGAGGCCUAUGACAGACGUCUUGCUCACCACUUGGUUGCGCUGUACUACCAAAGUGAAGAGCAGAUGGAAGAAGAGUACAUGGACAUGGCAGUAUUGAGGGAUUACAUUGCAUAUGGUCGUAGCUAUAUUAAUCCUAGACUAAGUGAAGAAGCAAGUCAGGCCCUUAUUGAGGCUUAUGUGGACAUGAGAAAGAUUGGCAGUGGUAGAGGAAUGGUUUCUGCAUAUCCCCGACAGCUUGAGUCUCUGAUUCGCCUAGCAGAAGCUCAUGCUAAAGUACGUUUUUCAGACAAGGUGGAAACAAUUGAUGUUGAAGAAGCAAAGCGCCUCCAUCGGGAAGCCCUGAAACAGUCUGCUACUGAUCCAAGGACUGGCAUUGUGGACAUAUCCAUUCUAACUACUGGUAUAAGUGCCACUGCCCGUAAACGAAAGGAGGAGCUGGCUCAAGCCUUGAAGAAGCUUAUCCAAUCAAAGGGUAAAACACCAGCACUAAAAUACCAGCAGCUUUUUGAUGAUCUCCGUGCACAGUCUGAUGCAGCUGUCACUAAAGAAAUGUUUGAAGAAGCACUUCGUGCCUUGGCUGAUGAUGACUUCUUGACUGUGACUGGAAAGACUGUUAGGUUGCUGUAAUGAAAUGCCAGCUUAACAGCAGAGUGUUAGUGUUUUUCUCCCAAGUAUUUGCCUUGAGGCCUCUCACCUUAAAGAUUAUUAUUAACUGUGGCAAGAUUCAUGAUCCUGAUCUGUGGGUGAACAUUACUGCUAACGCUAUAAAUAUCUAGAUUUUGAAGGACUGCACAAAUCCUAAACUAAACACAGUGAUAUUUGCUUGAACAAAAUGGGUUGCAAACACUUGAGUGCAAUGUGUGUUUUCAAUAAAAUGCUUUGUAGAACAAGCUAA